AUCUUUUCGGGCUCCGACGCCCUCGGCCUGCACGGGCCGGGGUCAGCCAGAGCGCUCAGGUGGGGCACCCCGGAGCGGUGCUUCUGGACCAUGUGGGGCAGCGAUCGCCUGGCAGGUGCGGAUGGAGGCGGGGCGGCAGUGACUGUGGCCUUUACCAACGCUCGCGACUGCUUCCUCCACCUGCCGCGACGCCUCGUGGCCCAGCUGCACUUGCUGCAGAAUCAAGCUAUAGAAGUAGCCUGGGGUCACCAGCCUGCAUUCUUGAGCUGGGUGGAAGGCAGGCAUUUUAGUGAUCAAGGUGAAAAUGUGGCUGAAAUUAACCGACAAGUUGGUCAGAAACUUGGACUCUCAAAUGGGGGACAGGUAUUUCUCAAGCCGUGUUCCCAUGUGGUAUCUUGUCAACAAGUUGAGGUGGAACCGCUCUCAGCAGAUGAUUGGGAGAUACUGGAGCUGCAUGCUGCUUCCCUUGAACAGCAUCUUCUAGAUCAAAUUCGAAUAGUUUUUCCAAAAGCCAUUUUUCCUGUUUGGGUUGAUCAACAAACUUACAUAUUUAUUCAAAUUGUUGCACUAAUGCCAGCUGCCACUUUUGGAAGGCUGGAAACUGACACCAAACUCCUCAUUCAGCCAAAGAUACGCCAAGCCAAUGAGAAUACAUUUUCAAACACAGAUGAUGCAUGUGGAAAAUUUCAUAGUUAUGGAAGAUACCCAAAAGGAAUGACAAAAGAACUUCAAACCAAGCAACUUCAGUCAAAUACUGUGGGAGUCACUGGAUCUAAUGAAACAGUGUCAGAGGUUCCAGUUGACUCAUCAUCGAUACCAGGCUUAUGGACUAUGAUAGGAAAUAUUUUUUCUUUCGGAUCUAAGAAAGAACAAGAGACAUCCUGGGGUUUAACUGAAAUCAGUACGUUUAAAAAUAUACAGUCAGAGGUUGUUCCUCUAGGCAAUAUUUUCAGAGUAUGCAAAUCUCAACCUCCCAGUGUACGUAAUGCAUCAGCAAUUUCUAUGUUUCACAAACACUGUGCCAUUCAUGUAUUUCCAUGGGACCAGCAAUAUUUUGAUGUGGAGCCCAGCUUUACUGUAACCUAUGGAAAGCUAGUUAAGCUACUUUCUCCAAAGCAACAGCAAAGUAAAACAAAGCAAAAUGUCCUGUCACCUGAAAAAGAGAAGCAGAUGUCAUUGGAUCAAAAAGAUACUAGCUCAGGUCAUAGUCAAGAAUCCGGUAAGGCCUGUGUGCUACAGGUAGUCUGGAAUGGACUUGAAGAAUUGAAGAAUGCCAUAAAAUAUACCAAAAACAUAGAAGUUCUCCAUCUCGGGAAAGUCUGGAUGCCAGAUGACCUGAUGAAGAGACUAAAUAUAGAAAUGCAUGCAGUAGUCAGAAUAACUCCAGUGGAAAUCAUCCCUAAAAUUCCAAGAUCUCUGAAGUUACAACCUAGAGAGAAUUUACCUAAGGACAUAAGUGAAGAAGAUGUAAAAACUGCAUUCUGUUCAUGGCUACAGCUGUCUACUACCACCAUGCUCCCUUUGAUAAUAUCAGAGGAAGAAUCUAUUAAGCUGGGCAUUAAAGAUGGGUUGAAGGAGUUUUCUCUGAGUGUAGUUCAUUCUUGGGAAAAAGAAAAAGAAAAAAAUAUUUUUCUGUUGAAUACCAAUCUGCUGCAGAAGACCACAAUACAAGUCCUUCUAGAUCCUAUGGUAAAAGAAGAAAACAGUGAGGAAAUUGACUUUAUUCUUCCUUUUUUAAAGCUGAACUCUUUGGGAGGAGUGAAUUCCUUAGGCAUAUCCUCCAUGGAGCACAUCACUCAUAGCCUCCUGGGACGCCCUUUGUCUCGGCAGCUGAUGUCCCUUGUGGCAGGACUUAGGAAUGGAGCCCUUUUACUUACAGGAGGAAAGGUGUCUUUAAACGAUAUGAUGAAAGAGUUUAUUUCCAUGGGAAGUUUGGUUGCACUGAUUGCCACAAGUCAGUCUCAACAUUCUCUACAUCCUUUACUUGUUUCUGCUCAAGGAAUUCACAUAUUUCAGUGUGUCCAACAUAUUCAACCUCCUAAUCAGGAGCAAAGAUACGAAAUUCUGCAUAAUGUAAUAAAAAAUAAACUGGACUGUGAUAUAAACAAAUUCACUGAUCUUGACCUGCAGCAUGUAGCUAAAGAAACUGAAGGCUUUGUGGCUAGAGAUUUUACAGUGCUUGUGGAUCGAGCUAUACAUUCUUGUCUCUCUCAUCAGAGUAUAUCCGUCAGGGAAGAAUUAGUUUUAACAACAUUGGAUUUCCAAAAGGCUCUUCAAGGAUUUACUCCUGCAUCUCUGCGAAAUGUCAACCUGCAUAAACCUAGAGACCUGGGCUGGGAUAAGGUUGGUGGGUUACAUGAAGUUCGGCAGAUACUUGUGGAUACUAUCCAGUUACCAGCCAAGUAUCCAGAAUUAUUUGCAAACUUACCCAUACGACAAAGAACAGGAAUAUUAUUGUAUGGUCCUCCUGGAACAGGAAAAACCUUACUAGCUGGGGUAAUUGCUCGAGAGAGUGGAAUGAAUUUUAUUAGUGUCAAGGGGCCAGAGUUACUCAGCAAAUAUAUUGGAGCAAGUGAACAAGCUGUUCGGGAUAUUUUUAUUAGAGCACAGGCAGCAAAACCCUGCAUUCUUUUCUUUGAUGAAUUUGAAUCCAUUGCUCCUCGAAGGGGUCAUGACAAUACAGGAGUUACAGACCGAGUAGUUAACCAGUUGUUGACUCAGUUGGAUGGAGUAGAAGGCUUACAGGGUGUUUAUGUAUUGGCUGCUACUAGUCGCCCUGACUUGAUUGACCCUGCCCUGCUUAGGCCUGGUCGCCUAGAUAAAUGUGUAUACUGUCCUCCUCCUGAUCAGGUGUCACGUCUUGAAAUUUUAAAUGUCCUCAGUGACUCUCUACCUCUGGCAGAUGAUGUUGACCUUCAGCAUGUGGCCGCAGUAACUGACUCCUUUACCGGAGCUGAUCUGAAAGCUCUACUUUAUAAUGCCCAGUUAGAGGCCUUACAUGGAAGGCUACUUUCCUGUGGACUCCAGGAUGGAAGUUCCAGCUCUGAUAGUGACUUAAGUCUGUCUUCAAUGGUCUUUCUUAACCACAGCAGUGGCUCUGAUGAUUCAGCUGGAGAUGGAGAAUGUGGCUUAGAUCAGUCCCUCGUUUCUCUAGAGAUGUCUGAGAUCCUUCCAGAUGAAUCAAAAUUCAAUAUGUACCGGCUUUACUUUGGAAGCUCUUAUGAAUCGGAACUUGGAAACGGCACCUCUUCUGAUUUGAGUUCACAGUGUCUCUCCGCACCAAGUUCCAUGACUCAAGAUUUGCCUGGAGUUCCUGGGAAAGAUCAGUUGUUUUCACAACCUCCAGUGUUAAGGACAGCUUCACAAGAGGGUCACCAAGAACUUACACAGGAACAAAGGGAUCAACUGAGGGCAGAUAUCAGUAUUAUCAAAGGCAGAUACCAGAGCCAAAGUGGAGAGGAUGAAUCCCUUAACCAACCAGGACCAAUCAAAACCAGUCUAGCUAUUAAGCAGUCACAUUUAAUGACUGCUCUCAGUCACACAAGACCAUCCAUCAGUGAAGAUGACUGGAAGAAUUUUGCUGAGCUGUAUGAAAGCUUUCAAAAUCCAAAGAAGAGAAAAAAUCAAAGUGGAACAAUGUUUCGACCUGGACAGAAAGUAACAUUAGCAUAAAAUAUACUUCUGACGUGUUUUUUUGGAUAGCUUGUCCCUACAUUGUCACAGUAAAAAAUGGUGUUUUUAAAUUUCUUUUUGAUUUAACAAAUUUAGUUAAUCUGUGAAAUCACAGAUUGGUAAAUGCUGGGAUUAUGUAAUGAUCAGAAUUACUUGAGAUUAAUACUGUAGAAUAAGUGGGGAUAUUUAUAACAGAUUCUGUAUUUUAUUUCCUAUAAUUCUAUGUUAAAAUGAAAUAAUAUUGGCCA